AUGCCGCCGACAUCAGUCUUCGUCGCUCUCCUUUCCUUCCUCAGCCUCGUGUCCGCACAUACGGUCAUCACAUAUCCUGGCUGGAGAGGGGACAACCUACACUCCAAUGGCACAGUCGAACAGGGAAACGGUCUAGGGACUUAUGCUGAAGGCGAUGACUACCUCUGGCCAUAUGGAAUGCAGUGGAUGUAUCCUUGCGGAGGAAUGCCAACCUCGCAAAACCGCACCAAGUGGCCCGUGAAAGGAGGUGCUAUCGCGUUCCAGCCAGGCUGGUUCCCGGGCCACGGAACGGCGUUCAUCUAUAUCAACCUAGGUCUAGGGACCAUUCCAGCCAACAUGUCACUCGUAAUGGUUAGUGGGAUCCAACUUAUCGGACCCACGAAAGACCCUUACCCUGGUACAUUCUGUCUGCCUCAAGUCCCUCUCCCUGCCAAUGUCUCAGUCAAAGCUGGAGACAACGCGACAAUCCAAGUCAUCGAGACAGCUGUCCACGGAGCCGCUCUCUACAACUGUGCCGAUAUCACCUUUGCGGAACCUGAGGAUGUGCCGGAGGUUAACGCCAGCAACUGUUUUAAUUCUAGUCAAAUCUCAAGUGAUUUGAUAUUCACCACGACUUCGUUGCAAGACGAUUCAACGUCCGCCUCGAGCGAAUUGUCGACCAAUCGAUACGGGUAUGUCACUACCGCUCUAGCUGUGCUCCUCGGAUUGAUAUGGCUGUGA